AAUGGUAGGAGUUUUAUGAGGAGAAAUAUGUAUAGUUGGGGGUUAGGGUGUUGAGGGAGGUGGGAUGUGUGUUGUAGAAGGAAUUAAAUCAAUUUUGUCGGGAGUUUAGAGUUAUGAACAAAAUUUGGAAGAUUGUAGGGUGUUAAUAAAAGCCUAUACAGAUAAUAAUUGAAGUCAGAAGAUAGUUUAAUGAUAGGGUACCAUGGAUUAUGACAAUUUAUCAAAAAUGAAAUCAUGGAAGGAUUUUGGCCUCUAUUCCUCAAAUUUUGCACCUAAAUUUUACACUUAAUAACUGCAAGCCCAUUGGAUGUUACAAAACUAUGAUAAUAUUUUGAUCACGGAUACAAAAUGCUUACUUAAAUUUCAAAAAUAAGUUCAAAGAGACAACUACAGAUUCCGAAUUGAAUGAACAUCUUCAUGAACUUCUAAUAAUAUUUUCUUUUAUUAUCUGAGCCAGUUUUAUUAAGAAGAUCAUGUUAUUCCCACGCUUAUUGACAGAGAGCAUUCUCAAAGAGAGUGAUCAAAAGUUAGCAUGCAGAUUAUGCUCCACAACUCUGGUACUGACCUCAUAGAUCUAAUAUGAUCUCUUACAUGCUCAUAUUUAAACAUCUG